GUGUUAGUUUUUUAUAAGAGCAACGUUUGGAACGCGCCACGCACUUCCCACAGUGUGUCAAAAAUAAUUUAAAACACAAAAUAUGAUUGACCAAUGAUUAGCCAGCAAAAUACAUGUAAUUAGUUUAUAGCGAUCAACUACGCUAUUCGUUCUUGCGAGUCUUGUCAGCACAAAGAUCAUGAAAUUAUGAAAAUCUAUAAUCCCUAUUGUUGAUGCUGAUAUUAGAAUACAGUAGAGACUGUUUUCAUAAAUAAACUACAGUAUACCGCUUGCCAAAACAAAGCAAUAUUAUAGAGGAUAUACCAAGAGAGAGUGGGAACAAUUAACAUAAGAUGGCAGAAAAUUUCAAAAUAAAUUAAGAGUGAUGACAUCAAAUAAAUGGCAAACUCCGUGUGCGUGUGUGUUUGUGAAGGCAGAUUUCACGCCAUUCAUUCAAAUAUAGCGACAAAUUAUUACGUUCAAUAUUCUUAUGAUAUGUUGAACGUUGGCGCUGAUUUCAAAUAAGAUGAUACCAGAAACAUCUUUUGAACAUUUUCCGUUUCGAAGUUUAAAGGUAUGUGAAGAAAUACAUGUUAAAUUCAAGAAAUGCUGUAAGGAUGACUUUUAUUUUUUUUUAUCCGUGCAGGAACUCGGUCGUUCCGUGCAGGAGGUCAAACUGGAAAAAACGAAAAAUAGUAACGACAACGAGCAGUCAAAUGAUCUUACAGCGGAUUCCUUGGAGCUUUUUCAAGAUCUGUCCCAAAUGCAAGAGCACUGGAUGAAUGAAGUUCGUUCUCUGGCAGUUACGACAAACGAGCGAUGCCAAUCUUUGGAACCUUCCUGUACUACAUUCAUACGUGACCAUGGUCAAGGACAAGGCCAAGGAAGUUGGUCAAGUCAGAAGAUUAAAUUGGAAACCAGGGCGUCGCAGCAGUGUUGCACUAAGCCUACUAAGACAACAUCAUUCGAUAUGAAUACUGCAUCAUAUUUGGAGUAUUAUUCCAGCAGCCACACGAUAAGGUCAGUCAACCAACAGUGCUCAGAUCAAACGAACCGGACAUCGUGCUAUGAACCAAGAAUGAUGAACCACAGCAGAGUUUCAAACGAACCCCAAAGUCCUUGCAGAGAAAUCAAGUUAGAACAACACGAAAAACUUACACAUUGUGAUCUCUUUCAAGACCGACAUCAUGAGUCAGUACAGUCCACAUUCUCCCCACAGAAAGCCUACUCAAGUUCCAAAGUUCCUGCAGGUACUUAUGGAUAUGAAACAAAAUCAAACUCAUUUUACGAAGACCCUAUGUCAUGUUAUUUCGAGCGUUAUCAACGUGAAUAUAUGGAAUACAAUGAACGCCAUUCAGCACACGAGUUUAAAUAUCAUCCCCAAGAGCUAGCAUACCCCGAGCCUCGACCAUUCCAAAGACGUGGUUCUCUGCAAUUAUGGCAGUUCUUAGUAAUUCUCCUCGAGGAACCAGAUUGUUCAAAUUACAUUUCCUGGACAGGAAGAGGAAUGGAGUUCAAAUUGAUUGAUCCGGAAGAAGUAGCUCGAAGAUGGGGGAUCCAGAAGAACAGACCCGCCAUGAACUACGACAAACUAAGUCGUUCCUUACGCUACUACUAUGAAAAAGGAAUCAUGCAAAAGGUGGCUGGGGAACGGUAUGUCUACAAAUUUGUGUGUAGCCCUGAAGCGUUAUUUGGAAUGGCAUUUCCAGAUUCUCAAAAGCCGUACAUUAAACCAGAAUGUCGAAGUGCUAAACCGCUGUUAAAUCACACCCAAGCUAUGCUUUCACUACCACCUGAAUAUCACAAUAAAAAUUACUAUCAACAUGGCGUGCCUACCAGGUAUUUAAACAAUGCAAGUUGUUUUCAACCUUCUUGGGAAACCUAUCAAGCCGAAGGACAAACAUGCGUGUACUGAAAAUUCUGUUCGUUUUUAUCACCGGUGACGAUUGAUUCGGUAUAAACAUUUGAUAGGCUGUUAUAUGUUGCACCUUUGUAGUUAAAAUAUUACAUUUAGAAAUGCAGCUUGGGCGGUUAUAAAAUAUACCUCAUUAGGAUUGUUUGGGAUAUAAUUCAUACUAUCGCUACCUCUUGGUUAUAAAGAACGAAAUAAAUUGACACGCUUUUAGCAAACAAAAUAUUGUUGGCGCUGCAUUGUCAUUUUCAUGUGAUUACUUGCGAUGAUAGAUCUAAGAUCUGCACCUUUCCAAGUA